AUGAACCGGGUUCAGAGGGAGGAGGACGUGUGGACAAUGGACAUCAUCACAGAGGGACAAUCAGAGGACAUCAACCCCAGAGUGUCAUCUCUGACAAACGUCAUAGAAACUCUACGUUUCCUUUUGUGUGGUGCAUCAAAGAGGUCCUGCAAGGAACAUAUUAACCUGGUACCCCGGAGCCCGGAGGAGCUUUUUGAACUCACCUCACUCAUAUGCGAGCUGAUGCCCUGCCUGCCCAGAGAGGGCAUCUUUGCACUGGAUUUGAUGCUGAAGACGACGGAUGGAGCGAUCUGGCAGUGGAGGGAUGACCUUGGAUUGUGGCAAAAUUACAACUGCAUUGUUAGCCGUAGCAUUGAGACAGCACACCAGAGCGGGGAGGAUGAGAUCAGCUUGUCAAACCGGGACUGUGUGAGCACUUUCAACCUGAAGUCUAUGCAGCAGAUUAAUGUAGACACAGGAAAAGCACUUGGUAUCCAGAGGAAACCCUAUCCUCUUGCCAACCCCGAUACAGAGGAUGCACGAGCCCAGUCGAUGGAGGAGGACCCUGAGCUGGCAAAGCGCUUUAUCGAAACCCUGUUUGGGGUCUUGUAUGAGGUGUACAGCUCGUUGGCCGGCCUUGCUGUCAGACACAAGUGCCUUAGAACAAUGCUCAUCAUCUACUUUGCUGACGCAGAGCUGCUGAAGGAUGUGCUGAGGAACCAUGCCGUGUCCAGUCACAUUGUCUCCAUGCUAUCCAGCCAGGACCUGAAGAUUGUAGUGGGUUCUCUUCAGAUGGCUGAGAUCCUGAUGCAGAAGCUGCCGGAUGUCUUCAUUGUCUCUUGUAGAAGAGAAGGUCUGAUGCACCAGGUGAACCUGUCCGAUUCGGAGAGCUUUCGAGUCACUAGCUCGCCCAAGGACUCAAUUUCUAAUAACAGAGACAAAAUAAAAGCCUGGAUCAAAAAACAGGCGAGUACGUUUGUGGAGAGCUACUUCAACGCUGAAAAUGUGGAUGGCAGCAACCCUCCACUGAAUGUACUCCAGAGACUUUGCACAGCCACUGAGCAGCUCAACCUGCAGGUUGACGGUGGUUUGGAGUGCCUGGUGGAGAUAUCCAGUACUGUAUCUGACUUGUCGUCUUUUGAGAUCGAGCACAGCGGGCUGGUGAAACAGCUCCUGGUCUACCUCACCUCCAACACCGACAGGGACUUGCUGAGCCGCGACGUGCAGCUCAAGAGGUUCCUCCAUGUGUUCUCUGGCUGUCCGGUUCAAGGAAUGGAGCCUAUAGGUCUUCUGGACCCGACAGAGAACGGCCCGUACCUGGCACUGGUGCACAACAUGAACAGCUACCUGAGCCAUGUUAAGCAGUUCCCCAUCAAAGUGCCGAAACGUCCCUUCUUACUUCCUAGCAAAGACGCUGUGGCUGGAAGGAGCGGUCAAGCACAGAGUGCUCGCACCAAAACCUCGCCUCGCAACGCCAAGAUGCAGGAUGAGCUGUGGCAUGAUGGCUUGUGUCCCAGUGUCGUUAACCCCUUAGAAACAUACCUCACGUUGGAGCGUCCAGAGACCAUAACCUUUGAUAAUCCUUCUUUAGAGGUCAAACUGCUGCUGAGGGUCCUGCACUCCAUCAGUAGAUACUGGUUCUACUUGUACGACAAUGCUGUCUGUAAGGAAAUCAUGCCUACCAGUGAGUUCAUCAACCGUAAGCUGACCGCCAAAGCUAACCAUCAGCUGCAAGACCCGCUGGUCGUCAUGACGGGGAACAUCCCGACUUGGCUCAUUGAGCUCUCUCUCUCUCUCUCUCUCGCUCUCUCUCUCGUCCAUUCUUCCUUCUUCCCCUUUCACACCCGACAGAUGUUUUUAUAUGUAACUGCCUUGCAUCGCUACAGAGCGAAGCAGUUCAUAAUGGAGUCAAACCCUGAGCUCCAAACAUCAGAUUUCCUGGACUCAAAGCACAUCUCCACAGUGAGAAGGUACAAUAGGACGAUAAACCACGACAAGCUGCUCAAAGAGGUGGAGUCUGUGUUACAGGACCUGGGCAGCUCCAUGGCAAUGUUGGAGAUUCAAUAUGAGAACGAGGUCGGCACAGGUCUUGGCCCCACUCUGGAGUUCUACGCUCUCAUUGUCAUUAAACAACAACACAAUAACCUGGUCMACACAGAUCUUAACAAGAAAGAGACCAGGAGGGAGGCGCUUCGCGGUUCGGAGAUCGGUUUUAUACGUCUCCCCCACGUUUUUAACCCCCAGAGUAGACUCGGUUUUAACUUGGGGCAGGCCCUGCCACCCACAGCUUCCAAUGUGGUUUAUGCUCUCAGACCCGGCCACCAGUCAAAGAGUGAAGGCGCCCGUGGGCUUAAGCGUAGCGAGGCUCCCGGUCAAAUUACCACCGUUGCACUGACCCCUGCCAAGAAGCCCAAAUCGCUCCCACCGCCCAGAGACAAUGUGACGGACUCUUCCUCCUCUGCCUCCACCUCUUCCUCUUCCUCCACCACAGGCCCCAAGACUGAGACCUCCAAUCAUGGGCCAUCAGGAUUACAAGCUAUACUAGAAAGCUCCAAUGCUCAGCAGUUACUGCAGGGCCCGCAGGCCACAGGUGACGAGUCUCAGCAGCUCCAAGCUGCCGAUGAGAUGUGCCAGCUGCUGAAGAGUGGCAACGAGGAAACACUCUAUGGAUUCCCGGUCAAUAGUGUGGUGCCCUCUUGUGCACUCACGUACAUGAUGGUCGCGCUCCCUCAAUCCUCUGCUGUGGUAGUCGAUGCUAUUCCUGUCUUCCUGGAGCAGCUUCGGGUGAUCCAGUUUAUUGUCGUAGCAGAGCAGGCCCUGAUUGCCCUAAAGAUGCUUUCAGGGCAACACAGAAAAGGUGGGCUCGCUGACUGCCUCCUCUACCUGGAGAACUUCAGGAUCAAGGCUCAGAGGGAUGCUUUGCUCAUCGUAGCCAACUGCUGCAAGAGCAUCAAGCCAGAUGAGUUCCACUUUGUUGCGGAUUCUCUGCCGCUGUUGACUCUGAGACUCACACACCAGAAGGUCCCUGCACACUCGUCUCGCAGCCGGCCGCUCAUUGAGACUAAUGCUGUUUGUCCAGCUCGGAGGACCCCGUAA